AUUGUUAUUGAAGGUGAAAGACGAAGUUAUAUCUCAAUAUCAAUUGAUGAUGUUGUGAUAUCUGAUGAAAAGUGUCCUGGAAUAUAUUCUUUGAAUCCCGAUGUAACAUGUGACUUUGAAGACGGUCUCUGUGGGUACCAAUCAGAUCCAAGUGUUGAUGUUGACUGGAUAAGGCAGCAGGCUGAUGACGGAGUGUCCGGAGACGGACCUGACGGGGACCAUACAUUUGGAUUUGACUACGGAUAUUACCUAUGUGUUAAUCCAGAUACCACACCGAAACUUGCUGGACACAGGGCUAGAAUCAUAUCCCCACUUCAUAACUCAACUACAACUGAGCAAGACUAUUGUGUUCUGUUCUGGUACUAUGUUUCUGGUUCAAAUGCGGGAAAAUUAAAAGUGUUUGUCCAACAAAAUGGUAAAAAGAAGUUGAUGUGGAAUGUCAAAGACGACCAGGGUGAUUCGUGGCACCGGAGCCACUUUCAAGUAACUAACGAUGAUCCAUUUCAACUCAUCUUCGAAGCAAUUCGUGGACGCGGCACUGAGGGCGCUUUCUGCAUUGAUGACGUUCAAGUUUUAAAUGGAACUUGUCCAAUACUAUAUACGACUCCCACGCCCACGGAACCUCUACCGACUGAACGGAUUUGGCAAGUUGUAAGCCUACCAGAAGCUGGCUGUACAUUUGAGAAUGACUGUGGAUAUGGACCGUACGACGAGACGGGUGAGGCAUGGAUGGUCGUACCAGCGUACAGACGGCAUCCAAGAUACGACCAUACUAUUGGAGCUAAUGGACACUACUUGAGGGCAAGUAGACACGAUACAGGACUGCGAUACCGGUUGAGGACACCCUUUUUGUACAGCACCCACACAAACAACUGUUUAAUGUUUUACUAUCAAUGCUCAUCGUAUAGUUCGUGCUACUAUACGUUCCUCAACAUUUACACUCUCCAGCAAUCCGGCGGGGGAUCACUUAUUGACCCAAUCUGGUCAGCGGGGCAAACAACGAGUGCACGAUGGCUCAAAGUGCAAAUAGAUUUACCAACAACCGACGAUAAUUUUACGGUUGUUUUUGAGGCUGUAUCAUCUGGUAAUUAUGAAAUGAAGCUUGUUAUCGAUGACAUCACAGGAUAUACACAGAACACAGGAUACGGCCUUAACUGGAUCCGAAUCAAUGGAUCAACCCCAUCGUUUGACACUGGCCCAGAAAAUGACCAUACAUUUAGUACAGUAGACGGUCAUUAUAUUUACGUCGAGGCGUCUCCUCCGGCUUUCGAACGAGAACAAGCAGUAAUCAAUACUCCAACAGUUAGACACAUAAAUGGGCCUAUGUGCAUUACAUUCUGGUACAGUAUGCACGGAGAAGAUGUAGGUUCACUAACUCUACGCGUUAUAUCUGAGCAUUACAAUCGUUUUAUUUGGAGUCGAAAUGGGAAAGCUGGAGAGGGAUGGUUCCUAGCCAAUGUCGAUCUUGUGGAUGCUGCUUUCUAUGAUGAGCUUUACCAGUUACAAUUCACAGGAAGUAUUGGCCGUGGAUACAGAGGAGAUAUAGCCAUUGAUGACAUUAAACUUGUUCCAAACAUUUGUAAUCCACCCCCAAGUCCUCCUCCUGCAGUUACCCGUUCGUUUUGCUCAUUUAAAAACCACCCAUCCACUUGUAAUUACCAAAACCAAACGGAUGUACAGCCGUGGAAUUACCUAGACGUUUAUAGAUCUACUGAAGAAGGCAGUGUGGCAGUAAAGAUUUCUAAAGGAGAGAACUCUUUUUUAUAUGCUGACGCUCUUAGUGGACGUAAUGUUGUGAUUGUAUCGCCUAAAUUAAAACCAUCUAAGAUGGCUUGUCUACAGUUCUCAUACAUAAUAAAAGAAGACUUCGGUUUGACGAUCUACUUAGAUUAUACAUCAAGACGUGUGACGUCACUUUGGAUACAAAUGGCUCCUUUGUGGACACGAUAUUCAAAAGAAAUUAAACUGGAUACUGAAAAUGAGUUUUCAGCUAACUUUACCUUUGAGUUGACCCAUGACACAAUGUCGUUGUCUGUGAUCGUGUUAUCAGGCCCAGCAAGCUUCUGCAGCACUGAUACUGUCAAUUUUGUUCCUUAUACAGAGCCUACAGUUAUAGAUAAAUUAGACUGUGAUUUUGAGAGAGAUUGUGGCUUUUCCACCAACACUUCAUUAGCUAACGUCUGGCAACUAUCAAACAAGCAAACUUACAGUAGGCCUUCAUCUAACUUACCAAAUAUCGAUAAUACUUACGGAACACCAUCAGGACAUUACUACUACAUUUCAUUUCGAGCCGAUCAGCCGUUAACAGAUCGUAAUUUCCUGCGUACACCUUCAAUACAAAAAACUUCAAAUAAACGCUGCCUACAGUUUUAUUAUUAUCUCAACUCAAACGCAGCAUCACAUCUUAAUGUUUAUAUUGAUGACGAAUCUAGGCCUCCGAAAUGGUUUCCAAAGGAUCCAAUUUUUACGGCGAUAGGCAAGCAUGGAAACCGAUGGACGCUCGUCAAUGUAGACAUUGAGCAAACUAAAGGGAAUUAUUCGAUUGUAUAUGAGCCAAGAAGCGGAGGCGGGAAGUAUGCAGAUAUAGCAAUUGAUGACGUCUUGCUUUUUAAACAAAAGUGUGUUAAACUGGCUGAGAAAAAAUGGACUUCAACUAUUGAUUGCGACUUUGAAACUGAGAGUAUCUGCGGGUAUAAAAAUAUUCGCAGGCGCAGCUCGAAUUUUGAUUGGACUAGAAAUGGAGGUUCAACAAAAACACUAAAUACCGGACCAAGCCAUGACCACACUUAUGCAUUAAGUGACGUCAAAGAAGGAAACUAUAUGUACAUAGAAACGUCUCCUCCGCGUUUACCUUUGGAUGCAGCUGUACUAUCUAGCCCUCUCCUGCCAUCGUCUACUGAGUCCACGUGUCUGCAUUUCUGGUAUCACAUGAAUGGGGGGACAGUCGGUCGUUUGGAAGUAUACAGAAUGAUACCAGCUAUACAAGAGUAUAAACUGCUGUGGUCAAAAGAAGGGGAACAAGGUGAUAAUUGGAGAAAGGCUAUUGUACCACUGAACGUGAAGCGAUAUUUAUGGGACGGAUCCAAGGAGAUACUUGAUCACUCAAUGAAGGUGCAUUUUAGAGGGGUAGUUGGCUACGGAUACGAAGGCGAUAUCGCUAUCGAUGACGUAAAAGUUGUUGUCAUGUCAUGUGACCCACCUCCAGAGAGUCCUCCUGUUAACGAAACAGAUUGUGAUUUUGAAAAUGGCAUUCACAAAUGUGGAUUUGAAGAUAACGCUGGGGAUGAUGGAAGUGGUGGUGGCGGCGACGAAGCUACUCCGUUAGACUGGAACUUCUUCAAUGCAUCGUCUAUCGCCGAUAGUCAAGAUACAAUGUCAAACGAUACCAAGAGCAUACUAGCUCAGAAUCAAAGCUCCUACAUCUUUGCGGAAGCUGCUAACUUGAAAACUGGUCAGCGCAUCGUCGUUACCUCACCGGAUAUUGCUGCUCAGUCGGACCAUUGUCUACACUUUUCGUACGUAAACACUGGCGAUUUCAUUAUUGAUAUCUACAGCAGGUCAUCAUCGACAUCCAUAGAAACGAUCUACCAGCUACCCAGAGAACAUCAGGCAACAUGGCGAAAAAAGGCAAUCAACAUGUCCCCUCACGCAGACACUUUCAAAGUGAUAUUUGAAGGUGUGGUUGGCCGGGAAAAGACGGGCUUUAUGGCGCUGGAUGAUAUUAAAGUGGAGAAAGGAAAGUGUCCCACAGAAGUACCUGAAACUGUGGUCAUGAAGACACAAAAACAGCCGGGCGUCACGUCGUCAUUAAACGUUGUCGUUGUAACUUUUCUAUCAAUAUUCCUGGCAAUUUUUGCCUUGGCUCUUUUUGUGGUACUAGCUUUCGUAUAUUUUUGGAAAGGAAAAAAGCGUUCCGUUGAUUUAAUAGACGAAUGCAACAAAGAUGAUGAGAUGAAAAAAACUGAAACUGUCGAACUUGCGUAAGGGCUAGUAGUUGGUGAAUUGAUCAAACUAGGACUAUGCCUCAAGUUUGUUGACUUACGGUUAUUACUAUGCUCCUUAGAUAUUUUUAAUAGUAGGCCUAAGUAAUACAAAAUAGCUAGUUCUAUGUAAUUUUUUAGGAGGUCAAUCAUUGAUAAUAGGCGAUCAUAUUCGAUCAUCCAUUUUAUGAAACAAUAAGCCAAUUAGUAGUUAGAUGUGCGCAUGCUCGUCCAGGAAUAAUCGACAUAAACCUAUGUUGUGUGUAUGGUGUUUAUGUCGAUUGACCCUUAUACUAGCAUGCGCAGUCCUAACUGCGGUAUUAACAAAUACGGCGACCUAGAAAUAAUUUUAACCUAUGAUUGCAUGAUGUAAUCUGUUAUACUUAACUGAUUGAUAUUGAAACUAAGUUUAGUUUAAGACGAAAGUGUGUAUGUGUUAUACACAGAAUCAUUUUACUUAAAAAAUUGAUGUUAGGUUUUUGACAGCACGAGGCGCACACUGUGCUAACAACAUUGAAUAUCAUGUCAUUGGUGUGAUUGGCAAAGACAUGUUUAGCAGGAUGCGUAUAAUUUAGUUUAAGUAGCUUGUUUAAACAAUAUUGUAAGUUAGUUUUAUAGUGUUAAUUUACGCUGAUCGGCACUCUGUAAGGGUCCAUUUUGUCAAAUAGAGUUAUCUGCGCGCGCGCAGACUUCCUUGUCCUCUGAAAUAUGACAUCACUAUUAUUUUGUAUGCCAAUGCUGUUUAUAAUAGUUCACUUAGUUACUAGGCCUAUCAUAUAAAUAAAGUAUGAAACAAUGAAAUACUA